AUGGUCUCUACUGACACACACCUCUCCCCUGUAAAUCCUCCUUAUAACCUAACGGAAAGCCAACCUGAGUUAAACCUGACGUCAAAGACUAGCCGCUUAGACGGGUUCACCCGUGAAGGUAGAAAGAUUCUCGUUGCUUUCCCCUUUCCUAAUAGGUCAGGACCGCCCCUUUCUGAAGACUUGCAAGUGAGGCGGAAUGGGAUUCAUGCAGAGAGGCUAGAGUGGAAUACUUUGCUACAUCUAGAGGUCCAGUCCCCUGGGUCAUUUGAUAUCUCUAGUCUGAGUUCCGUUCAACAAGCCAGUUCUGUUAGAUCGCUUACAGUCCCCGUAGUGUCCAGUAGCUGUCUCUUUUUCUUACCGGCAAGCGGCUUGAAAAAAAAGUUAAGAUAUCUCCAUCCGGUGGGAGUUGCUAUCCAUAUAGUUCAAUGGCAGUUCUACUUGCAGCCAUUGAGAGUUAUCUUGCAUCCGCUUUCCAUCCAGCAGAGUCAGGGGCAAAAGGAUCUGACGCAAGUUGGAGCUAAGGAUCGACAGAAAGCUAGGGUUUUUCGUGCUUAUCCCUUCUUAUCCGGAACUAAGGAGUUAACGAUAUAUCGCUUAAGGAGAUAUCUAGCCAAGCGAUUCACCUGA